AUGGUGCAGCUGCAGCGCAUGGAUACUCGCCUUGAUACACUCUCUACAGAGUUGUAUCAGGUGAACGUUCAUGUCAGUCGUAUUACACGGCGGCAGGCGAUCAUGGGUGGCUUUGCUCUUGAGGCUUCUCCUCCACCUCCUCUAGUGGCUUCUGAUUCUAAGGAUGAGGAUGAUGAUGAUGCUCUUUUGCUUCCAUUAAUGGCGAAUCAAGAUCAAGCUCCUUCUUCCAAUGCUUCUCAACCUAAUGCUCAUCAUGAGCUUUCUCCGAUGGAGGAUCCGAGAAGUCCUUUCUUUUUGCACCAUGGAGAGUCACCAGGUGCUAUUCUUGUUACUCAGCUCUUGACUGAGGACAAUUAUCCUAAUUGGGCUAGGGCUAUGCUUAUGGCACUAGAUGCGAAAAGCAAGCUGUGUUUUAUUGAUGGCUCUAGCAUGAUUUCUAUGGCUGUCACACCUCUGGAGAAAAUUGCUUGGUCGAAGAACAAUUCCAUGAUUUCCUCAUGGAUUCUGAAUUCCGUUUCACCUCACAUCACUGCAAGUGUGAUCUACAGAACCACUGCAAUGGAGGUUUGGAAUUCACUCAGAAACCCUUUUUCACAAGCAAAUGGUCCACGGAUUUCACAGCUUCAGAAGAUGAUCUCAACAAUUAUGCAAGGAGAUUCAACCGUGACUACCUACUUCACUAAUCUUCAAGCAUCAUGGGAUCAGUUACUCAAUCUCAGGCCUUCACCAUCUUGUUCAUGUGGCCGAUGCAUUUGUGGAGUGAAUGAUAAAAUCAUGCUCUUCAAUCAUCAAGAUGCAUUGAUGCAAUUCCUCAAUGGCUUGAAUGAAGCUUUCUCACAAGUCAGAACUUAG